AUCUGGAUCUUACAGGAAGUUCGGACCGAGAAGAAGAGCCAUCCUCUCUUCUCCUCUCGCAGUACAAAGACAUUGGCGAGAGACGGACUGACACUCGACUCAAUACGAAACGGCAUUGUCGUUUCACAUCAUCAACGUUUCUCCAAUACCGUUAUAAGGUUAGGAGAGCUGGAUCCCAACCAAGAACAGGCGGUCCAGUCCCUCAAGGCACCUGCCACCGCUGGUAACGGCCAGAUCCGGUACCGAACACCUUCCUCCGCCGAAUUACUCCUCGAGGCAGGUCAGCAACAAUCCACCUCUCCUCCUCACCCCGAUCACAACCAGUCCCCUGACGACAAGAUGCUCAAACGUCCUCCUCGCUAUGAGUCUUUGUCUGACAAAAUCCACCGUUAUCGAAGCGUUUUGCUUGUCAUUUCUAUUCCUCUAUUCCUUGUCGUCUUCGUAUUAUUCCUUAUGCCCGGCUGGACCACUGAUUCGGUCAUCGAGGAAGUCUUCAUUAACAAUCGAAAAUUGUCGCCCAAGGUGGGGUCUCCCUGGAGGUAUGCAGUUAUUUUUGACGCCGGAAGUUCGGGGAGUCGGGUUCACGUGUUUUGCUUUGAUAGCAAUAUGGAUCUCGUCCCCGUUGGCAAGGAUCUCGAGCUUUUCCUUCAGAUUAAACCGGGUUUAAGUGCAUACCCGAAGGAUCCACAGGCUGCUGCACUGUCUCUUGUUUCCCUGCUUGAUAAAGCAGAAAGUGUUGUGCCCAAAGAAUUUCGCCCCAAGACGCCAGUUAGAGUUGGGGCAACUGCAGGGUUGAGGGCAUUGGGAGGUGAUUCAUCUGAUAGAAUUUUGCAAGCGGUUAGAGAUCUUCUGAAAGAUAGAAGCUCCUUCAAAUCUGAUGCAAAGUCAGUUACUGUUCUGGACGGGAGUCAAGAAGGUUGUUAUCAGUGGGUGACAAUAAACUCUCUCUUAGGGAAUGUAGGGAGGAAGUAUUCAGAUACGGUUGGAGUGGUUGAUCUUGGAGGGGGAUCUGUUCAAAUGGCAUAUGCUAUCUCAGAGGAGGAUGCUGCCAAGGCUCCAAGGAUAUUGGAUGGGGAGGAUGCAUAUGUAAAGAAAAUGUAUCUUAAGGGAAAAAAUUAUUACCUCUAUGUUCACAGUUACCUGCACUAUGGCUUAUUAGCGGCACGAGCAGAGAUCUUGAAGCUUUCUGAAGAGUCUGGCAAUCCGUGCAUCUUGGUCGGUUAUGAUGGAUCUUACAAAUAUGGGGGAAAGUCUUAUAAGGCAUCAGCUUCUUCAUCUGGCUCCAAUGUGGAUGGAUGUAGGAGUUUAGCCGUAAAGGCUCUGAGAGUCAAUGAUACAGUAUGCACACACAUGAAAUGCACUUUCGGUGGAAUCUGGAAUGGUGGAGGGGGUGAUGGACAGAAGCAUCUAUUUGUUGCUUCAUUUUUCUUCGAUAGGGCUGCAGAGGCUGGUUUUAUUGAUAUCAAUAAACCUGUUGCAAAAGUUCAUCCCGCGGAUUUUGAAGAUGCAGCAAAGCGUGCUUGCCAAACUAAACUUGACGAUGCAAAGUCCAUCUAUUCCCAUGUGGAGGUGGAUAACCUGCCAUACUUGUGCAUGGAUCUUGUUUACCAGUAUACAUUGCUUGUCGAUGGAUUUGGUCUCGAUCCUUGGCAAGAAAUUACGUUAGUGAAGAAAGUUCAAUAUCAAAAUUUCCUUGCAGAAGCAGCUUGGCCUCUAGGCAGUGCAAUAGAGGCUGUGUCAUCAUGAACAUGACAUUAAAUUGCUCAUCAGCUUGAAUCACCUAUUGAAUGUUUCAAUGACUUGCCGUUCAUCAUCGACAACUCUUCGCAAAGAAGAAUCCACGUAUAAAGAGCAUUUCCAUGUUUAAAAUUGGAUCGCGAAUCAGGUUUAGGUCUAAAUAUAUAUUGGGAAUACUUUAAUAGAAAAUUCUCUUGUUCUUUAUUUGUAAUCACAUUGCAAAUUAUUCUGAUUUAUAGUUGCCACUUGUCAGUUUGAUUGAAUUGAAUUAGUUCAUUUCGUUUUAAAGAAGAAUAUUAUAGUACCAAUUUACCAA